UGUCAUCCACUGUAGUUCGGCCUUCACAGUAGACGAACGGUUUUGGUCGCCGACUGGAUCCUGUGACGUAUCACACUGCCGGAAUCCUCUUCACGGGACACGUUGCGACAUGGCAGACGUCAAAGUGGAACCCCCAAAGACCAUUGACAACGUACUACAACUACUGGGCACACUUGGUCGCUAUCAGCUGUUUCAAGCUGUCCUGCUGGCUAUUGGAAACUUAUCAAUUUGUUUCCAUCUCCUCAACUUCGUCUUUAUAGCCCAAGAUGCGAAAGAACAGUGCGCUGUGACUCCACUUUAUGGCAACGACACCAACACCGACUACGGCAAAUGUGACGUUACCGUACAGAACAACAUCACCAAUGUCACGUCAACACAUACAUGCAAUGCCUGGACAUAUGGUGUCAAGAAGGAUUAUUCUAUAGUUUCGGAGUGGGAUCUCGUGUGUGGGAAUGUCUUCCUCGGUCGCCUCCCGCAGUCUCUCUUCAUCGUUGGACAAGGGGUUGGCGCAGCCACGGUCUCGGUGAUGUCGGACAAAUUCGGGAGGAGGCCUUUCCUUGUCAUGUCACACGUGUUGACGGCCGGUGCAGGUCUUGCUUUAGCGUUCGCUCCUAACAUCGCAGCUUUUUCUGGUCUGAGAUUGGUGAAUGGAAUUUUCCAACAGGGCAUCGUCGUAACAACUUACACUAUGCUAAUGGAAGCGUUCCCGAGGAGCAGGCGAUUAGAACUGGCCACUUUUAACGCGUUAUCGUGGAGCAUCAGCACAGUACUCCUCACAGGGACGGCCUACUUGUUACGUGAUGUGGACUGGAGAACUCUGCAGCUUAGUUUCGUGUCGGUGUCCAUCACUGUCCUUCUGCAGAUCUUGUAUUCUGGACUUUAUGGGGAGUCCCUGAGAUGGUUGAUCACUAACAAAAGGGCCAAAAGAGCAUUUGCAAUAUUCAAGAGGGCAGCCAAGAUGAACAAAGUCGAGGUAACAGAUGUACCAUUGCCAGGCAUCGGACCCGAAAAACCACCCGUUGAACUGAGCAGCACGAAAACAAAAUAUUUGGAAGCAAAAGAGACCGAGACAGCUGACGUGAUGUACAGCUGCCUGGACUUGGUGCGGACCAAGUUUAUGUUGAAGAUAUGUGGCGUUGUGUGGUUCUCCUGGUUGAUCGACAGCUUGACAUACUUCAGCCUCUAUCUGACUUCUUCAUCACUUGCUGAUGAUCACUAUCUGAACUUCUUCCUCAACUCGUUGGCUGAAAUACCAUCAGGUCCACUAAACUUGUUUGUCGGAAAACGGUGGGGAAGGAGAGUUUUCUUCAUGUUCUUCCACGUACUGGCUGGUGUGUGUCUUCUUUUGGCCACUACAAUCAGAGUACUGGCGGUCGGCCAAGCAGCAUCAACGGCAGCCACAGUCUUCGCCUUCAUUGGGAAAAUCGGUAACAGCGCCUGUUUCAAUGCAAUGUUUGUGUAUGCGCCCGAGAUCUUCCCGACAAAUCUCAGAUCCGCAGGUAUGGGCUCCGGUUCUACAGCUGCUAGGGUUGGAGGGAUGAUCGCCCCUUUCAUAUCUAUACUAGCAGCCAUUGCACCCUGGGCUCCUGGGACUAUUUUCGGGGUAGCGUGUUUGAUAACAGCUGGGCUCAAUUAUUUUCUCCCUGAACCAGAGGGACGAGAACUUCCCCAGACAAUAGAGGACGUCAAGGCCUGGGGUAAAGCGCCCGCAAGAGAUUAACACUACCCUGGAAAAACAAAGAUGUACGCGAUUUGAAAAAUGAUAUGCCAAAAUGUACCUAUGUAUCCGAGUGGUGGACAUUCAACUAUUAUUGCAAGAUAAUGUUUUUAGCGCCAGCAAGAUGAAUGACCUAUAACUGAAUGUAAAACCAGUUAGAUACCACCAAUUGUCAAUUAAAACAAUCAUUUUUUUAUACGGGCUAUUACCGCUUCGGGAUAAGCACGCAUUAUUGCAAUAUAAGUACUUUCUGAGUGAGUUAAAAGUUAUCAUCACCUCGGCAAUAUUUCAUCAAUAUCGUGACGAGAGAAAAUUAUAGGUAAAAAUAUUACAAUAAACGGUAUAGAAUUCUGUCGACAAAGGACAGUAUAACAACUAGAUUAUCACAAUGCAUCCAAAUAUUAAAUAAAAACGAUUUAGGUGCCUUUAAUAUAAUCCCUGUAAAUUAACCACACAAUAUAAAAAUGGGCCAGCAACCAAAGCCACUAACAACCUCAGAAGUACUUUCUGAACUUUAUACUUCUCAAAAUCCACCACUGCUUGUAAGGCAAGGUAUGUUUUACUUCACAAAUAAUACUGACAACAAGUCUUAGAGGUCUGUAGUUCCGUAUUUUAUCCAUAUACACGUAAACAGAGAUUAUAUUUCGUUCCAGCUGGGUGUACAAAAUAGUUGUUGGAACCAGGUCAUGUUUUGCCAAGUAUCCUAUUAGAUGUGUAUAUGUUUUUUCGUCUUUGAAUAAUUCACAACAGAAAAAUAUAUUGGAAUUCGUCUGAAAUAGACGUUGAUUUAUUAAUGUUCAAGCCCCCUGUUCCCUUAUCAUUCCAUUA